AUGGCUGAGGGGAGAGAGGGGACAGAGGCGAUCCCGACGGCCGCGGCGGAAGAUGGAUGCGCCGACUCGGCGGCGCCGCUAGCCGCCGGGCCCUCGCAGUCUGAUGCUUCCCUGGCCGAAACCUUUGCAGCCAGGUGAGCUCUCCCUGGCGGGAUAGCGGAGGGAUUUAUUGCUUUCUUCUUUCCUCAAUCUCUGGUAAUUCGUCGCCGGCGGAGUUUCUCCUCAGGAUGACGCUGGACGAGAAGUACGACCUCGUCAGGAGCAUCGGGGAGGAAUGCAUUACGGAAGACGAACUCCGAAACCUUCUGGCGAAGAAGCCGAACCCCAUCUGCUACGACGGUUUCGAACCCUCGGGUAGAAUGCACAUAGCCCAGGUUUGUUCCAUUUUACUGUGCUGUGGCGGGCGGUACAGUCUGUUUGCCAACCUGUCGGAAAUGGAUUCGCGUUACUCUUGACUGAUGUCUUGUUGCUUAGUGGUAGAUCGAGUGGCGUAAAUUAUAAAAAAUUGCUAGUGGAAUAUUCAGGGAACGCUUUUUUAUUUUUUUCUCUACGUGUUCAUCUUGGCUUAACUACUAUUGUUUAACGUGCCAGUACCUGUUGUAAGUUUCGCAGUGAUGGAUGGUCAUCUGCAUUUUUCACAAAACCAGCAAGCAAAUGGUCUGUAGAGGGUGUUGGGUAGACCCGAAGGCGCUUUCUGUUGGCGUGGGCAAACUGAAGAAGGAUGUCAUGUUUUACUCGCCCUGUCUGAUGGAACGAAUGGCCUCGAGGAAGAAACCAGUUUUUGAUUCCAUCUACGCUUUGAGUGGGGUCAGUAGUUGUCUGCGUGAACAGUAAAAAGCCUCUCUACCAAAUAUAUGGUGAAUUAGAUAGAAAUGUGCCUCAAGGUGGAUUCCUUCGUCGGACAUCUAUGGUUGCUCGUCAGAAAUUUCUGUGUAAAUAUCAAUGCUGGAACGAAUUAUGGGCUUUUCAUCUAAUAGAAACUUUUUGCAAAAUAUGAGAGACUAAUCUGUGCCUUUUAGAAAAUUGUGAGGGAAAAUAAGGAUUUUUAGAUAAAAUAUUGCUGAUUUUUAUAUGAAAUGUCAGACUUGGAGCUAGGUCUGGCUUCCUCGUUUAGCCAACUAUUUUGGUGAGAAAUGUGAGUUACAAUUUUUUUUUGGCUGAGGGUCAUUUGAAAGAUGUUCCAAAGUAGCAACAAUGCCAUGCUUCUUGUGACAGAAUAGGAUGCCUUUGCCAUGCGGCAUUUCAAUGUUAAGAUCAUUUAUUAUUGGAGCUUCAGUGUGCUGAAGAAGUAGUGUUUGCCUUGAUUUUUAGUCUUUCUAUGAGGUAAAGAGAACUAAAAUACGUGUUCUUAUGCUUACUGGCUACAACAUAUAACGUGCAUGCAAAACAAGGACUACUGUUUCCAGUGACAAAGGAGAGAUGAUAAAACUAAGUAGGUACUAUUCCUGUUGAGUGUGUAUUUUUAUCAAUAGAAAAGUGAGUAGAUGAAGAUGUAAGACAUUCUCAUCUAGUAUGCUGAUCGGAAAUGUUAGGAUAGAAGGAUAAUAAACUGUUCACCUAAAUUAGCUGUGGAAAACAGAAUCUGGGUUUUUGAAGAUGUUACAUCGAUAUCAGGAGAGAAAGAUACAUCAAUUUGGUAAUGUGUGCAUCUUGCCAGCUAGCAUUGUCAUUUGUUUGUCGUUAUGUACGAGUAAAACAAAUGAAAUGAAAAAUCUCCUUGUUCAUUUGCCUUUCUAAAUUACUGCCUCGUCGCAUCUUUCUACCAUACAUGGAGGCUAUUUAGAUUUGCAUUGAUUGCCAUGGAGAUAAGUGCUCUCUAUUCUUUUGGCUGUUUUAUGUUAUGCAUAUCUGGUAAAAUGACUAUGUUUUCAUAAUGUAGGAUUCUUACUCUUAGAAUCUUCUUUCGAUAUUUAGACGCAACCUUUGAUAUAUUCUUGACCCUUAAGCAUAUAUAUUUUUUUAUGAUUGUCGUCACUCUAGCUAUUCAGUGUGUCACCAUGUUUGUUACGGUCCCAUUUUAUGAAAAGAUAUACAAUGGGAAGAUGAUAUAAGCUGCGGUUCCCUCUGUGGUGAUAUAGACCAGAUUUUUUUGGUCUCAAUCCUUGUUGCUAUAUAUCCGCAAUGUAUGCUAGUCAGUAUAUUCAACAAAAAAGCAGAAAUGGCAAUCAAUUUGUAUCUAGAACUCCUCAGGAAUAGCCUGGAAAGAGGGUUUCUGGGCCUUGGAGACAAUCAAAGUGUUGAAUGCAUGAAUUCAAUGAUCGAUCAAAUCUGUAGUCUGAUUCCUAAGGAAGUCUAAGAAAACAGGCAAUCUAGUUCUCUCUGUGUUGAAGUACGAGAGGUAGAGGAACCAAUGGUAGCAUCAGUGACGGAAUAAACAGUCAAAGCCAUAGUUUUCUUUGGUUGUCUGUUCUUUCAGAAGUGCUGGCCAACUACUUUAGUUGAUGGUUAUGUGUCUGUAUUUUUCAUACUCAAUCGCCAGUGCACCUGCCAGGGCAAUAAAUCUAUCCCACUUCGAAAGAAAGGACUUCACAGUAGUCACCUUCUCCUUGGUGAGACAAAUCCCAUCCUCCCUUGCCUUGCGACCUAGGUAUUCCGUUUCCUGUUUCCACCGUGUCGCAUUUGACGUUUGGCUUCAGUUUCUCAGCUUUUCAAAAAAUUCCUCUUUGGAAGAAAAUUUAGUGAAAAAAUGAAGUGAAAAGAAUGAUACAUUCUUCUCCAUGAUUUGCACUUGUAUCUUGGAACGUACGAAAAAUAUUUUGGAGUAUAAGCAGGGAAACAGGUGCCUUAAUUGCAGUUCCAUGAUAUGGGCCUUGCUUCCUUCUUUUGGUUUAGUUAUGAUUUUGCUAGCUUAGAUUUGGGUGUUAUUUAUCUUCUUUUUGUUCUGUGCUGCAAAUUUAGCCGUAUAAUAAAUAUUGGUGGCUUGUAGACAUGCCUUCGUAUAUCAUCUUUAAAAGUUCAACUUCUAGAUUGGUCAUAUAAUAAACAGUAUGGCUUGAAGAGAUACUAAAUUUUUGGAUUGCCUAUUAAUUCUUGUAUUUCUAUUAUUACCAGGGGGUCAUGAAGGCAAUUAAUGUAAACAAGUUAACCUCAGCUGGAUGCUCAGUUAAAAUAUGGAUAGCUGAUUGGUUUGCACAGCUAAAUAACAAGAUGGGAGGUGACCUGAAGAGAAUCCAAACAACUGGACGUUAUCUAAUAGAAAUAUGGAAAGCUGUUGGAAUGAAUCUUGACAUGGUCGAGUUUUUAUGGACUUCAGAAGAAAUCAACAAGAGGCCUAAUGAAUAUUGGACCCUUGUCAUGGACAUAGCUCGAAGGAAUAAUCUUCCUAGGAUACUCAGGUACGUUUGGAAAUUCUAUUUGCUUCACCGGUUUGUUUAUUCUAAUGUCUCAUUCCGAUGUCUAAUUUGCGAUUUUUCUUCCUUUUGCCAACAUUUUAAGGUGCUGCCAAAUAAUGGGUCGGAAUGAGCAGGAUGAUUUGACAGCUGCCCAGAUCAUGUACCCCUGCAUGCAGUGUGCUGAUAUAUUUUUUCUGAAGGUCAAUUAUCUUCUUCUUUCUCUUUAGCAUACGAGCCAUGUUUGUUCUUAUGGUUUGCGAGGAUUAUAUUGCUGGAUAUAGAUAGCCAAAACAUAUGGUAGCGUGCAACUGUUUUUCCAUUUUUCUUUUGUUUUCCUAUGAUGAUGUAUUUUCAUUUUUCUCCUGUAUACUGACCGCCAUUAUUAUUAAGAUUCUGAACGGCAUGAUUAAGAAAGGAAUUUGUGCUAUUUACAGGCAGACAUCUGUCAAUUAGGAAUGGAUCAAAGGAAAGUGAAUGUUCUUGCAAGAGAGUACUGCGAUGCUAUCAAAAGAAAAAACAAGCCUAUCAUCCUAUCACAUCGUAAUUUUCUCGUUCUGCUUUUUCUAAUUGAAUUGUUGAUUUGAUAUGAUGGUUGUCGAUUGACAGUUGCUGUGACAUACUGCAGACAUGCUGCCUGGUCUGCAGGAGGGGCAGGAGAAGAUGUCAAAAUCGGAUCCAGCUUCUGCUAUUUUUAUGGAAGAUGAGGAGGUAUGAACAUGUACUGAAGUAUUGCUAUUUUUCACUUGGAAUCUUUUUUUAUUCUAAGAUAAAGCAAACCAUCUGUGUUUUCCGCAUAUUUUCAUUAUAUAUAAUUUGGUGAGGGAUAUUCAGUCCUCGUCCUCGAUAUUGUAUGUGGGCAUUUUAUAGGGUCGUCUAUCUUUUCUCAUGUCUUCCUCACAAAGCAUCUAUUGAUUUCACAUAUGCAUUUACAUUGAUUUUUCACAGUUUUAUGGUUCUGCUCUCUGUGUGAACAAUGUUUUGAUCAGUCUGUGUUUCUCUGGUUGUCUUUAGUACUGACUUUUACAGAUUUGGUAUAUUUUGAUGCAUAUCUGGCUGCCAAUCUUUUGUGAAGAUGUUGCAACGGAAUACUCGUAAAGAUGUAUAAGCAUAUUUGAGAUGCAGUAUUCGUAUGCAAGCUAGGAGGUUCAAUUGCUCGAGUUUAUUUAAAACUCUUAUUAGAGGAAAAUAUUGCAAAUGAAAUCAUAUUAAAUUCACGAAAAUCUUCGGGCUUUUGGAUAUUUGAUUGCUUCACAUUUGGCUAGUCUGAGUGAUUGUUUUAUAGACGUCUUAGAAAAAUUAUGAACAAUUCAAAAUGUGGUGACAGUGGGCUAAUUUUUGUUUGGAUCAAGAUGUACUUAUAUGUUAGUUCAUGCACCUGUUUUGUGUUGAUCUGGAUGUGUUGAACAUGAGAAUUUCAGAAACCUUGACGUUGGGAUGCAGGCAAUGAAUGGCGUCUGUUCAUGCAUGUGAAGGAAAACUCGUCAGAUUUUUUGUCAAGUAUGAAAGGAACGAUAAUAUUUUAUUGAACCGGUAAGAUUUGAGAUUCAAAAAAGUAAAUACUUGUAUAGGGAAGACUAAAUUACGUGUUGAAAUGUGAAUACGAAGGGACAUGUAAGCUGGCAAAUUCAGAUGUAGCCAGGGUUCUAUGAUAUGACACAGCCAAUAAAAAAGUCGAUCAGUGGGACGUUGUAUACUGUCAGAUGUACGAUUCUUUGGAGAACGGCGAAACGAAAGGGAAUUUGUGGGAAUAGCGUCAGAAGUCAUCAUUUUGUUGGCCAAUAAAAGAUGAUCAAGUUUUGGCAUAGGGUAGUUUUUGUGGCGUUUGAUGAACAGAGAUUAUAUAUUUAUAAGCUCUUAUUAGUACGCUUUAAUGCCUUUCCAAUUUUCAUCAGAUCGUAGAAGCUAAAUUUCUGGUGCUGGAGCAUUGGAACCUUGAUUCCGUGACUUCUAGGACCUUUGUUGUUCCUAUCACAGCAAAUACUACUAAAGGCCUUAGAAUUUUUUGACUUGCUUAGAUCUUAUUUUCGAAUUUCUCUGUAUUAUAAAUAUAUGUGUGACCUUUUAUAGUAAUGGAAUAUAUUUUUUAGCUUUGUACCAUUAAAAUUUUCAAAUUUCAAAAUUAUUUCUUUUUUAGCAUUUUCAACUGCUCAAACUCUGUUGCUUCCCUUCUUUUUUUUUUUUAACAGUAGUCUGCUUCCUGUUAAUACAUGCAUUUUUAUGGUCUUUUACCCUGGCUGUUGUAGAGCGCAGUCAAUGUAAAGAUAAAGAAAGCAUUCUGCCCACCCAAGAUUGUUCAAGCUAACCCCUGUCUGGAGUACAUCAAGUACAUCGUAUUUCCCUGGUUUGGGAAAUUUGAGGUGUCGCGUGAUAUCAAAAAUGGUGGGAACAAGUAAGUUCAUAUUUAUCGAUUUUAUUUCAAUAGUUAUUAUGUUCACUUUAAUGCCUAAGACAUACGCGGAUGUUUGUAUUAUGCGGGCUCGACUAGUUAUUAUGAGGGCUUUGUGUUCCUUGCGGCUACUGCAGUCUGAUCCCGCAGAGUGCACGAAGAAGAAUAGGGAAAGAAGCUCGCCAUUGUACCGUCGAUUUGGAUCAGAAAACAGUCCCUGUUCUGGUUUCAAGGCGGUUCUCCCGUUCUCCAGUUGAAUUAUUAGAGGAAGAAAAAUAGAAGAUUCAGCUUUUAUUGGUUAGUCUUGGUUGGGUCGGCCGGUUCUGGGCUGAGCUUGGGUUGCUUUAUUUAGUCGUCCUUUCUAUCUCUAGAGGAAAGAUAUUGCUGUUCGUAGAGACUGAAGUAGAGAAGAGAAGUUCAGUAGGCACAACAAUAUAGGAUAAAAAUUUAGACAACCAUCGACUGCCAUGACCACCAGCUGUUGCCACCUGCAGUGCACUGGUAGGAUUGGGGUUUCUUCCUUGUCCCCAUCCUGCCGUGGGCUUCUCUUAAACCUUGCACACUGAAAACCAUUGUUUUAAUACACUUCCAUAUAUACUUUAUCGAAUAAUUGUUAUCACACUUUACCUAAAUUGUUUUCUUCCCUUGGAUCAGCCUAUUGUCCGAUUAAAUCCCACCAUGAUUAGGGAGGGAUCUUUCCAGGCUUAUUCAACCGCCCUUGCAUCCAAGGGGAUCUGUUGCCGUGGUGGAUGUGUGCAGUCAUGGCUUUCAGCUUUCAUAAGGCAAAAUUUCUACGAAUCAAAGCCAAUUAACCAAUUUGGUCAGAAAGAUUUAGUUUUUUUUUUAUAUAAUUAUAAUGGGUUCUCGAUUUAGUGGGAUAAAUCGGAACGGACCACAGGGUUAAGUUUGGGCCUUUCAUUCCCGAUUUAAUUUUGCUUCUGAAUUGGACUUCCAGUCAUAAGUUGUUGUGUCUCAUCAACACAUAUCAUGUCAUAGAAAAUGGAAAAGACUUGCAAAAGGAGCAUGAAGGCGAAGAUAGAGGGGGGCAUCCAAGCAGCUCUGCAAAGUGUUGCCCGUAUUUGAGUUAUCCCUUGUGUUUAUCUUGUAGAACCUGAGUUGGCAGUGAUCAUCAACCAAACGAAUCCGCUGAGGAACGUGUAGUUUUCUCGUGAUGAUUGACUAAAAUUUAUCUGACUGAACCUCACUUACCUGAGAAUAUCAGUUUUCUGAUUUUCAUAUUAUUCUUGCAAAUUAUUCUUGCAAAUUAUUCUUUUUCUGUUCCCAAUGCAAUACAGACUGGGAUUUUCUUGAAGCGUAUAUUGCAUUUUUUUUAUAAUAAAAUUUCGGUUGAGAUCCUUUAUUGUUGGUGAUCAGUUAUUUAUGUUCAACAACAGAUUUUGUUUCUACUUUGAGAUUCAGAUGAACUUUGUGGUACAUCGCCAGAUCUGGUUAUUCUAUAUCUUUCUAACUAGUGAGCCAUUCCUUCGUCCAGAGUCUACAACAGCAUGGAAGAGCUGGUUUCUGAUUACGAGAGUGGGGCAUUACAUCCAGGCGACCUGAAGCCUUCUCUCUCAAAGGCAUUGAACCAGAUUCUUCAGGUAAACUCUAGAUCCUCCGCUCAUCCACAUAUCUGCAUACUAUAUAUAUGUUACGAGAAGUAGUUGCCUGUGUGGGCCAUGAAUCCACUUUACUUUUGUAUGCGCUACUCGAGAUCCCAGGAGAAUGGGAUUCUUGAUAAAUUGAUCCCUUGUUCGUUCUUGCUGAUCUUCCCAUUCACUCCCCCUUUCGCUUCAAUAUCUCCCAAUCUAGUAUGCAGCACACUCUCAUAUAUGACUAGACAUGAUUUUUUUUAAAAAAAAUUAUUUUUUAUUUUUUAUUUUUUAUUUUUUAUUUUUUAUUUUUAUUUCUAUUAGAUAUAUUAUUUUUUAUUUUUUUGUUGGAGGGGGGUUACUCAUUCUCACUUCCCUCAAUGUGUUGGCAGCCUGUCCGGGAUCACUUUAAGAACAAUGCCGAGGCCAGAGAACUACUGAAAACUGUCAGGGUAUAUAUAUCCUCAUUUCUCCUCUUCUCAUUUUAUUUAUUUAUUUAAUCUUUUUAUUAUUAUUUUUAAAGAUCCAUGCGUUAGUUAACUAUCUUACUUCACAAAAGUAUGAUUUCCGAGUUGAGAUCUCUGUAACAGUUCCUCCAUCUAGAGGGCAAUGAGUAACUUUGGCUUAUGGCCUUCUCCGUAAUUUGCAGGCAUAUAACAUCACAAGGUGA